UCAACGUCCUGUCGUUGUUUGUUGAUGUUUACUGGGUUUAUGAAUUAAAAAUUAAGUCUUCUAUUAAAUAUAUAAAAAUGGUGAUAUUAUUAUAACUAAUUUUAAACUUGCAAUUCCCAUGCACGAUUUGUAAAUAUAUAAUUGUAAAAAUUCUUAGCUUUAAGGCUUUGUUAAACAGUUUAAAAAAUGUCUAAGACUUUUAUUUGGCCUGUUUAUGGUACUAGACCACCUUGUUACAUACGCCAAAGGCUAGUGGAGAGAAGAAAAUUAGCAAUGGAGCUCAGAUUGGAGCACAAUAGGAAGCCAGACAAGCCUGACGAUUUUAUAACAUAUGAAGAUAGUGAUAGUGAUGAUGAACCUAUUUCAGUACAAAAUGGGAUCUUAAACACCUCAUACAAUUUUGUAGAUUAUGUAAGGACUAGAGAAAUAGGUACUAAUUAUAAAAGUGCAUCUUCAGUAGUUAGUGAUUAUGGCAGUAGACAUAUUUUAACCCAUGAAAUGUUCAGGGAAACUCCUAUUAGUUUAGGAAACAUGAACAAAGUCUUUUGUUCACAGUGGCUCAGUGAAAGACAAGUUGUGUUUGGUACAAAAUGCAAUAAGCUGAUGGUUUAUGAUGUUGCUACACACAAACUUGAUCAAAUUCCUUCUCUCAUAAGUAGAAGAGAUCCAUUAGGCAAUGAGCCACAACAAUGUGGCAUUCAUUCAGUUCAAAUAAAUCCAUCUCGGACCUUAUUGGCAACUGGUGCCAGAAAUACUUGUGAUAUUGCAGUGUACAGGCUUCCAACCCUUGAUCCAGUGUGUGUAGGGGAAAAUGCUCACAGAGAUUGGGUAUUUGACAUGUGCUGGCUUGAUGAUGAGUUCCUGGUUUCUGGAUCUCGAGACAGCAAAAUGGCCUUAUGGCGUAUAACACCGGACAUGUUCGAGAGAAAACAAGAAGUGCCAGUACAUCAACAUAUCUCUGCCAUGUCAGUAAAAGACUGUUUUAAUUCCCAGAGGGUUCGUUCGAUUACCUUCAACAAAUCCUAUAGGGAAAUUGCGGCGUUGUCCCUGAAUGGCUUUAUACACAUCUGGAGUGCGGAAACUUUCAAGCAAAAGUUCAGCAAAAAACUGCCUUCAUCACAGGAAAAUGUUUGCUUGGCCGUACAAGAUUCCGGACUAUACGCCAUCGGUUGUCGUUCCUAUACACUGCUCUUGGAUUGUCGGACACUACAGGCUGUCAAAAAGGUCUCUUCGAGGUACUCGGGUUGCGGAAUUCGUUCGGCUAGCUUCCAGGGUGACGUCCUAACCGUUGGAACCGGAUUAGGAAUGUUGAUGUUCUAUGAUCUCAAAGCGGGCAAAUAUCUAGAAUCGAGCAUCAAUUCAUCGCGAACUGUUGUACUGAAGGCGAGCAAGGGAUUCGUGUUUCCUGAUGAGGAAUACCAGGAUAACAUCGCAAAUGUGAAAUAUGUGCCAGCUAUUUACACGCACUGCUACGACACGAGUGGUACGCGUCUCUUUACGGCGGGCGGGCCUCUACCCUCACAAUUGACUGGCAACUACGCGGGCCUUUGGCAAUAGAUGAAGACAAAUUUAAGAUACUACUUUUUUAGGGUACAACGGGUUCGUGUAUGUUUUAUUGUUUAUAAUUGAAUUGUGAAUUUAAUUUUGUUCAAGAAUUUUAAUUUUUUCACAAUGUUUUCUGUUUUAAUUAUGAGUGAUAAUUUAUAAGUCUAGAUUUUUUGCUUAUAAAAACUGUUUAUAGUAAAGUAGCAUAUUCUUGUAAGAAUGUUAUGAUUCACACUUAUUGUCUUAAAAAUAAAAUUUUAUUUUCAUGUUAAAGAUUUGUUCAGAUUUAGUUAGUAUGUUAGGUUUAAGUUUAUAUACACAGCAAAUUUAUAACUUAACCUACCUUGAUCUCGAAUUAUUAAUCUUGUAUAGAGUAACUUUAGAUAAACCUCAUCAUUUUUAAUUAAGAAUUGUGCUAUUAUAAAAGUCGUUACUUUUUACGUACCCUGAGCGACGCAAUUUAUCUAUUCACAUAUUUGAUUAUAAACAAUAAAAUUUAUCUUCAUGACCUGCUAGUCAUUAAAAUGUACUUUACAGGAAAUCAUAAUUUGAAGUCAACGAACACCGAUUAAACAACAUUCAAAAACCUAGUAAACAAAAAUGAUUUCCUGUAUUUUGUUUUAAUUUGAAUUAUGCGUGCAACAUGAUUAGUAUAUUUAUUUUAAAAUUUUAGUCAUGACGUUUCAGUCAUGCUACAUCACCAUAUAUAUAUAUAUAGGUAUUAACGUGUAAUUAUUUAAUAUUUUUACAUAUUAUUUAAUUAACCUUUUGACGAGAAGCAUUUGAAUUAAAAAAAAAAUAAUGCACUUUUGUUAAUGUGUACUCAGGAAGUUAGUUCUGUUGUGUUAUUAUGCAUUGAUAUUGAUUUUUUAGGACAAGUAUUCAAGCUUACUAUUUUUUGUAAGUGUUUGUUGAAUCAAAUUACCCUAAUAUAGGAUAAUACGAUUGAUAAGUAUGUGAAAUUUUUGGUAAUUAUUUAUUUAUUCAUAUAUAUUAUGUUACAUUUAGAUUUUAUAACACUGAACGUUAUGUGCAAUUAUAAUGAUGAAGAUAAUUGAAUUAUUGACGUAGAGAACUGAUAUUCUCUUAAAUUAUUUUGGUCGUACUGUGUUAAUAUACGCGAUCUUAAAAAUAUCCAUAAAAUUAGUAUUUAAUAAAUAAUUCAAAAGUUACGUGAGGAACAAAAUUCGAUUAUUUGUCGAAUAUAUAAUGAAGAUAUUCCCAAUUUUCAAAAACUUAAAUAAACGUAUCUUUAAUUCAAGUUAUCUCAUCACCACCACUGGUAUUUACCAGAGAUGUCUGUAACAUGUGAACAUUGUGAAAAAUGUCAUAAAACCGAGAUUUGAUGUUUUUUGUGGCAUAUUAGUUCUGGUUUGUCACAGUCAAUAAUUUAAAUUUUAAUCUUGCUAAUGAAUACAAUUGUUUGCAUGUCUUAUCAUUUUACAGCCACAUCUCUAUUGAUUACUGGUAAAUUAUUCUUUACUUUAUACAUUGUAAAAAGAUAUUUGAGAUCGUAUGUGUGAAAAUAAAGGUGGUAGUGAAGUUUA